ACGACAUUGGCUACUCGCGGCAGAGACGUAGCGCGGCGUUGGGCUCGAAAGUGAAGGCGGGAGUUCGGGCGGCAGUGCCCCUGCUGGUCCUCGCGACGGAAUGACCCAGUCGGUGGUCGUGCAGGUGGGACAGUGCGGGAACCAAAUCGGCUGCUGCUUCUGGGACCUGGCGCUGAGGGAGCACGCGGCGGUCAACCAGAAAGGAAUUUAUGACGAUGCAAUAAGCAGCUUCUUCAGGAAUGUGGAUACCAGAGCUGUUGGGGAUGGCGGCAGUAUUUCCAAAGGAAGAAUUUCGUCUUUAAAAGCACGGGCUGUUUUGAUUGACAUGGAAGAAGGCGUAGUGAAUGAGAUUCUCCAAGGCCCACUGAGAGACGUGUUUGAUAGCAAACAACUCAUCACUGACAUCUCUGGCUCGGGAAAUAACUGGGCUGUGGGUCACAGAGUUUUCGGAAGUCUCUACCGGGAACAGAUUUUAGAGAAACUGCGGAAGUCGGCCGAGCAGUGCGAUUGUCUGCAGUGCUUCUUCAUCAUCCACUCCAUGGGAGGAGGAACAGGCUCCGGUCUCGGCACAUUUCUGUUAAAGGUGCUUGAAGAUGAGUUCCCAGAAGUGCACAGGUUUGUGACCGCGGUCUAUCCUUCGGGCGAGGACGACGUCAUCACCUCGCCUUAUAACAGCACACUGGCCAUGCGGGAACUCAGUGAGCACGCAGACUGUGUGCUGCCCAUCGACAACCAGUCUUUAUUUGACAUCAUUAGCAAAAUUGAUCUUGUGGUAAAUUCUGGAAAGUUGGGCUCAGCUGUGAAGCCCAAGAGUCUCGUUACUUCCAACAUGGGGUCUGUUAAAAGGCGCCACAAGAAGCCCUUCGACGCCAUGAACAACAUCGUGGCGAACCUGCUCCUCAGCCUGACAAGCUCUGCGAGGUUUGAGGGCUCCCUCAACAUGGACCUGAGUGAGAUCAGCAUGAACUUGGUUCCCUUCCCACACCUUCAUUACCUGGUGUCCAGCCUGACGCCUCUCUACACGCUGGCCGACGUUAACAUUCCCCCGAGAAGGUUGGAUCAGAUGUUCUCAGACGCCUUUAGUAAAGAUCACCAGCUCAUCCAAGCAGACCCCAGACAUAGCCUCUACCUCGCCUGUGCCCUCAUCGUUAGAGGAAACGUGCAGAUUUCUGAUCUUCGCAGAAAUAUCGAAAGAUUAAAGCCCUCUCUGCAGUUUGUCUCCUGGAAUCAAGAAGGCUGGAAGACGAGCCUGUGCUCCGUGCCGCCUGUGGGCCACUCGCACUCCUUGUUGGCCUUAGCGAAUAACACAUGCGUGAAGCCCACCUUCGUGGAGCUGAGAGAGCGGUUCAUGCGGCUCUACAGGAAGAAGGCCCACCUUCAUCACUACCUGCAGGUUGAUGGGAUGGAGGACAGCACCUUUACAGAAGCAGUGUCCUCUCUGUCAGCACUCAUACAGGAGUACAGCGACCUCGAGGCCACCAAGAGCAUGCCUGUGCCAGAUGUGCCCAGGCUGAGCGUGGCCCUGUGAGCGUGGAAGCCAAGAAAGCAACUUCCUUUCCUCUGAUCCUCAUCGGGCUCGCCCCCUUUCUGUCUCAGCAUUUUUUCUGAUUCAGAAAGCCCAAUGUUUUUCACAGUGUCAGGAAGUAUUUUAUCUAAAAUGGUAGUUUCUAUUUUAUUAUAAUUUUUAUAGCAGUAUAUGGUAUCACUUCAGGCAAUUUGCCAAAAUUAAGAUAAGAGAGAGCCCGACAUGUGGUACACAGAUCAAGAGCCGACAUGGCGUGAAGGAGCGGUUUCUUCAUCCAUUUGCUUUAUUUGUAUCUUUUGCAGACCUUUUCACAGUGAUGAACACCUCAGGAAAGAUGUACAUAUCCCUUUAUAUUUAUACUUUAUGCUUUCAUACUGUAUUUAAAUGCUAGGAACGUAGGUCCUUGGAAUGGAGGAACAUAAUAUAUACAAUGUCUGGACUUUUCAGGGUAGCUUCUGCUCUUUGAGUAAUAACAUGUUCUGGUCCAAAGAAUCACAACUUGGCAUCCAGUCACUUUUAUAAUAAACGCUAUAAAAACAGAUGUGUAAACAGCUGCUUACAAUGGCUGAGCACAUCACCGUGGCACUCGACACCUUCAGCUCAACGUUGUAGUAAAUGGUUACCAUGCACUGACGUCACCCAGUCACCGCAUCUCUCUUGAAUCACUAAUGUUGUUUUCAGUACAGUUACGUUUCAAAUCCAUUGGUUGGUUUAUCUUUCAAGGAAAUAAUUUUAAGGGAAAAAUUCUUUUCAGGCAAAAAUAAUCCAGAGUGUGCUUCCUUAUUACUGUUUUCUGAUUAUUUUCUUUGCUGAGGGAAUUGUUCUAUGUUUUUUAAUCUGAGAAGUUUAGGCGUUAUAUUUGGUAUAAAAACUGCAAUAUUACAGUUAUUAACAGUAUCACAGACAUUCUGUUUUCUCCUUCCUAGAAGAAUCUCAAUUAAUAUUCAGAGCAGGGCAAUGAUGAUUAUAGAUGCAUUUAUAAUGUCACCUUAGUUAUUUCUAAGAAUCUUGCUGUCCUGUUACUAAUUAUGUGAUAGGAUCUGAUAGACUGUAUUGCCGAGUACAGAAUAAAAUUUUAAAUUAUGUCUUUUU